CUAGCAGCGUGCAACGGGAAGGGAUGGGAGAAGCUGUUGUGUACAGGGAGGAAAAUACAAACAAAAACAAGCCGUCCUCAGACGUGAGAGAAGGAAUAGAACCGUCAGUAGACAAACAGGCUGAGACGAGGCACGGAGAGGAGGCACAGAGAGGAGACACAGAGAGGAGGCACAGAGAGGAGACACAAGAGAGGAGGCACAGAGAGGAGACACAGAGAGGAGGCACGGAGACGAGGCACGGAGAGAGGAGACACAGAGAGGAGGCACAGAGAGGAGACACAGAGAGGAGGCACAGAGAGGAGGCACAGAGAGGAGACACCGAGAGGAGGCACAGAGAGGAGACACAGAGACGAGGCACGGAGAGAGGAGGCACAGAGAGGAGACACAGAGAGGAGACACCGAGAGAGAAGAGACACAGAGAGGAGACACAGAGAGGAUACACCGAGAGGAGGCACAGAGAGGAGACACCGAGAGAGAGGAGACACCGAGAGAGAGGAGACACAGAGAGGAGACACAGAGAGGAGACACCGAGAGGAGACACAGAGAGGAGACAGAUAGAGCGAGAGCGAGAGCGAGAGAGAGAGAGAGAGAGAGAGAGAGAGAGAGAGAGAGAGAGUGAGAGCGGAGCCCUUCUCAUCAUUCCACAAGUGACUGCUUGGUCUUGUUGGUCACAAAAAAGCGCGGAAGGACUAAAAAACGCACGAGUAAAGAGGGGAUUACGACACGGACACUAGCGGGGUCUUUGGAGAGAGAAGCUGUUGCCCUUUAGGGGAGAAACAUGACAGUAGUGCCCAGGGAGAACCACGAUGAGACUGUGGCACUAACAGCCCUGUCCCAAGAUGUGUUCGACCUGGCGGAUCAGCGGACGGACCAGGAGUGCUGUGAGCGCGUGGUCAUUAACAUCUCCGGGCUGCUCUUUGAAACCCAGCUGAAAACGCUUGCUCAGUUCCCCACCACUUUACUGGGGGAUCCGAGGAAGAGAAUGCGCUUCUUUGACCCUCUGAGGAACGAGUACUUCUUCGACAGGAACCGACCCAGCUUCGACGCCAUCCUCUACUUUUACCAGUCUGGCGGCCGCCUCCGGAGACCCAUCAACGUACCCCUGGACAUAUUUAUGGAGGAGAUCAAAUUUUACCAAUUGGGAGAAGAUGUGAUCGAGAAUUUUAAGGAGGAUGAGGGAUUUAUAAAAGAAGAGGAGCGACCGUUGCCAGAUAAUGAGUUUCAACGACAGGUCUGGCUUCUGUUUGAAUACCCGGAGAGUUCGGGACCCGCCAGAGGGAUAGCUAUUGUCUCUGUUCUGGUGAUUUUAAUUUCUAUUGUCAUCUUCUGUUUGGAGACGCUGCCUGAGUUUAGGGAUGAAAAGGAGAAACAUUGGGACACUGAGCUGGCGUCGAAUGGAACUAACAGCUCUAAAAAGCCCAAUCCAUUCACAGAUCCUUUCUUCAUAGUGGAGACCCUGUGUAUCAUCUGGUUCUCCUUCGAGUUGUUCGUCAGGUUCCUAGCCUGCCCCUCCAAGCCUGCUUUUUUCAAAAACAUGAUGAACACCAUCGACAUUGUGGCCAUCAUGCCCUAUUUCAUCACCCUGGGCUUGGAGCUGGCGGAGCACCAAGGAAACGGACAGCAAGCCAUGUCUCUGGCCAUCCUCAGGGUCAUCCGGCUGGUCAGGGUGUUCAGGAUCUUCAAGCUGUCCAGACACUCCAAGGGGCUUCAGAUAUUAGGACAAACCCUCAAAGCCAGUAUGAGAGAGUUGGGGUUGCUCAUUUUCUUCCUCUUCAUCGGAGUCAUCCUCUUCUCCAGUGCUGUCUACUUCGCUGAAACCGACGAUCCAGACUCAGGUUUCAGCUCGAUCCCCGACGCGUUCUGGUGGGCUGUGGUCUCCAUGACUACCGUUGGCUACGGGGACAUGUGCCCGGUGACCAUCGGCGGAAAGAUCGUGGGGUCUCUCUGUGCCAUAGCCGGUGUGCUCACCAUCGCGUUACCGGUCCCCGUCAUCGUGUCCAACUUCAACUACUUCUAUCACCGGGAGACCGAGCACGAGGAACAGUUUCAAUACACCCACGUGACGUGUGGCCAGCAGCAGCAACCGUCUUUUGGUGAAUUAAAGAACAGUGACAGCCAACCAUCAUCGCUUUCCAAAUCGGACUUAAUAGCCACGGAGGACGCUGAUUCUAUCAAAUAUACCAAUUGCAGCCCACACAAAGCGCACUGCAGCCCACACAAAGCGCACUGUAGCCCACACAAAGCGUACACGGGGAAACUCACUAAUGUAUGAUAAUAGAGAAAACAGAAAAUACCCAGCAAUGGAAAAAAACAAGCUUAGCCUUGAAGAUAUUCAGAGAAACCAUGCGUUUCUUUCUGUGAGUAGCAUACAUCUCCAAUUCUGCGCUCUGGCUAGAGUAAGGUUUGGCUCUCUCUUAUUUCCGGUGUCUCUUAAUAAUGCUGAAGGAAUUAAUUUUGAAUAGAUUGUCAUAAUGGUGGAUGAAUUAUAACGUGACUCGAGAUCUCACCUGAAAACAGUAUUCCGUUAUGCGCACAGCUCGUCUUCGCUUGUUGGUUGUAAACAUCAUUAUGAGGCUAUAUUUAGCCUCAUAAACAAAUAAACAACAACCAUGAUCACCCCCCCCUCUCUCUCUCUAUUGUAGCGCUUUACUCUCUAAUUCAUGUCUCAUUUAUUCAGCCUAAUUUCGUGUCUGUAUUUUUUUUCUUCCGUUUUCUAAAAGUUUACAUUUUCCGUGUUUGGUGUUGAUAUAUAAUAUAAGAGGACCAGUUUGUCUAAAAUUACUUGAAUGAAUCUUAUACCUACAGGGCAUUGUAAUUACUUUUAAAACCCCCCAAGGUCACCCAGUGACUCGACCCACAAACCCCCUAUUUAUGUACGCCACAUCCACGUAAUGUGUUUUUCCAUUAGACCGUUACUGAGAGCGUUUUACUGGGCAGCCAGGCAGCAGACCCUCUAUCCUCUCGGUCAACUGUGAUGAGGAAUGGGCAUAACAGAGGUCCAUCCAUGCAGAGAUGCCGUUGUCUUUGAUAGCGGAACCACAGUCAGUCUAAAUGGUGUGUGUCCGGUCUGGGAGCUGCACAUCCAUUCACACCUUGACAAGCCAUUGAGGAUACUAGACAUUACCGACAGCCCAAUUGCCCUCUAAAAUGACCACAGGCGCUAUUCAAAUGAUUUAUAUGUACGGAUCAAUAACGAACAGCAUCGAAUUUGAAUCAAAUAUCAUGCUAUUGACAUUGUUUACAACAUUUCGUUUUUAUUUUUUAUUUUUUAUUAUACAAUCUCACCAAAACUAUAUAAGUAGGUAGGUACUAUUAGUGAAUAGUGCACUAGAAGAAAAGAAAAACAUUCAAUAAUAUCAAGUCUCUCAGAUGAUUCUUCUUCGUGAGAUAUUACAGAUGCAUGAAUGAAUGCGUUUAACAAGUUGACGAGAGGGGGAUGAGAAGCGCACCUUGUAGUGUUCAGACAGGCGGUCAGAUGGACCCAGAGCGCCGCUUUGUGGAGAGUUCGGGAACUGCAGACGUGGUGUGGAAGCCGGUUAGUUUCUAUAGCAACCUUCCAGACUGUUCUGACAGGGGAAAGAUGUUAUUGUCUGACGUCAAGCAGAACAGAGGAUGGAAGGAUUUGCCUUACGACCUGAUUGAAGGUGUUUUCAUUGUAACCCAACGAACCCUGCGACACAGCGCCCGACUUGAGUUACGUAGAAAUAUGAUUCAAUAAUAACCAAGAGGAUUUUGGCAGCUAUGUCCAUGUCCUGGGAUGAAUGGUUAUAUAUGGUGUAGUGUAGACAGGCAGAGACAGACAGAGACCUAAUACUGCAGGCAGAAAUAUAAUGAUACCAGAAUCAGUAGAAACACAUAUUGUCAUCGGUAAAAACCCUCCCCUGACUCCAAGGCCACAGCUUAUUGGCCACUUAAAUAAAGAGUGUCAUUACCAUAUCACUUCGCUACAGUGGAUUACUACCUGACAACACUGCCUCCCUCCAACCCCGUCCUUCCCCCUUCUCCAUCACCAUGUCACCUGACCCCAUCCAUCCCCCUUCUCCAUCACCAUGUCACCUGACCCCCUCCAACCCCCUUCUCCAUCACCAUGUCACCUGACCCCAUCCAUCCCCCUUCUCCAUCACCAUGUCACCUGACCCCCUCCAACCCCCUUCUCCAUCCCCAUGUCACCUGACCCCCUCCAACCCCCUUCCCCAUCACCAUGUCACCUGACCCCCUCAAUCCCCCUUCUCCAUCCCCAUGUCACCUGACCCCCUCCAACUCCCUUCCCCCAUCACCAUGUCACCUGCCCCCUCCAUUCCCCAUCCCCCUAUCACCUGAUUCCACUGAACCCCUCCAUUCCCCAUCACCAUAUCACCUGACCCCCUCCAUUCCCCAUCCCCCUAUCACCUGAUUCCACUGAACCCCCUCCAACCCCUUUCUACCAGCCAUGCUGUGGUGCAUCUCAGCUAAAAGAGGUGGAAUCAUAGAACCUUUGGAAUAGAUUCUGACAGACAUCACCGCGUCAUGAGCGUACGGAUGACUGACUCAGAGCCCCCCCCCCCCACGUUGGUUGGAUUUACCGGGGGAGAGGGCGGGGACCUGCUGCAGAUGACAGAUGCAGAAGCCAAUCAGGUUGGAAUCAAUAGCAAAGAAACGACAUAGACCAACAGACCCUUGGACGAUGCAACAGGGCGGCCAACUGCUCAGACGCCCGGACUACAACGUCUCCUGGAGGUAUGAUGUGGGAAGAUGACCACUACAGGAGAGACAGUCACGUGGAGGUUGGUGGAAGAUGAGCGGUCCUCUGCUGUAUGCCACUUCCUACAACACCCCGCGGUUUCCCAUCCCACGACCCCUGGAGACCUCCUCGACAAGCCACGGGAGACCUCCUCGACAAGCCACGGGAGACCUCCUCGACAAGCCACGGGAGACCUCCUCGACAAGCCACGGGAGACCUCCUCGACAAGCCACGGGAGACCUCCUCACCAAGCCACGGGAGAAAAACACCAUCGCUGUCUUUUACCUCUGAGACGAGGAACGGAUGAAAUACACAAUGGAUAAGAUGAGGAAACCUGACUCACUGGAGGACAGGUCUCUGACAUGCCUUUCCAUUAGGGACAACAUCACCUGACAGGAUAUAGAAUACACCUGGACAACAUCACUGACAGGAUAUAGAAUACACCUGGACAACAUCACUGACAGGAUAUAGAAUACACCUGGAC